CGCCGGUGCCGAGGGGGAAGUGCACCCCGGACUGCGGGGUUCGCGGCCGCAGUGGCACCUGGAUCCGAGGAGGAGGCAGCUCUGCCAUCUCAGGACUCUGCCCUUCCCCAAGAGAGGAACCAGGAGAAGGAGGACCCGUCAGCCCAUGGGAUUCUAAAAGUCAUGUCCCUUGGGUCAGACUUGUUCAGGGAUGUGGCUGUAGUCUUCUCCCAAGAAGAAUGGGACUGGCUGGCGCCUGCUCAGAGGGAUUUGUACAGAGACGUGAUGUUGGAGACCUAUAGCAACCUGGUCUCACUGGGUCUUGCCAUUUCCAAACCUGAUGUGAUCUCCUUCCUGGAGCAAGGCAAAGAGCCCUGGAUGGUGGAGAAAGCAGCGAGAGGAGGCCUGUGCCCAGUAUUGGAGUCCUGGUAUGAUACUAAGGAAUUAUCUCCAAAGCAGCACAUUUAUGAAGGACAAUCCCCCCGGUGGGAGAUAACGGAAAGCCUUACAGGUUAUGGUCUUGAGUGCUCGAGCUUCCAAGAUGAUUGGCAAUGCAGAAGCCAGCUUGACAGACAACAGGGAAGUCCAGAUGUACAUUUGAGUCAAAUGAUAAUCAGUCAUGAAGAAAUGUCCACUUUCGACCAGCAAGCAUCCCUUACUUUUUAUCAGAAAAUUCACACUGGAGAAAAACCCUAUGGGUAUAAUGAAUGUAGAAAAGACUUCUGGCAAGAGGACUUCCUUCUUAAUCAUCAAGGAAUUCAUAGUAAUGAGAAACCCUAUAAAUGUAAGGAAUGUGGGAAGGCCUUUAAAUAUGGCUCACGACUAAUUCAACAUGAGAAUAUUCAUUCUGGCAAGAAACCCUAUGAAUGUAAGGAAUGUGGAAAGGCCUUCAAUUCUGGUUCAAAUUUCAUACAACAUCAGAGAGUUCAUACUGGUGAGAAACCUUAUGAAUGUAAGGACUGUGCAAAGGCCUUUAGUCGAAGCUCACAGUUGAUUGAACAUCAACGAAUUCAUACUGGUGAGAAACCCUAUCAAUGUAAGGAAUGUGGCAAGGCCUUCAAUCGGAUCUCACAUCUUAAAGUACAUUAUAGAAUUCAUACUGGGGAAAAACCCUAUGCAUGCAAGGAAUGUGGGAAGACCUUUAGUCAUCGGUCUCAGUUGAUUCAACAUCAGACUAUUCAUACUGGCAAGAAACUCUAUGAAUGUAAGGAAUGUGGGAAGGCCUUUAAUCAAGGCUCAACUCUUAUUCGACAUCAGAGAAUUCAUACGGGUGAGAAACCCUAUGAAUGUAAGGCAUGUGGGAAGACCUUUAGGGUGAGCUCACAACUUAAGCAACAUCAGAGAAUCCACACUGGAGAGAAACCCUACCAAUGUAAGGUAUGCGGUAGGGCGUUCAAACGCGUCUCACAUCUUACUGUACAUUAUAGAAUUCAUACAGGUGAGAAACCAUAUGAAUGUAAGGAAUGUGGGAAGGCCUUUAGUCACUGCUCACAGCUGAUUCAACAUCAGGUAAUUCAUACUGAGGAAAAGCCUUAUAAAUACAAGGAAUGUGGGAGGACUUUAAAUCAUGAUUCAACUAUUCAACAUCAGAAGAUGCAUAAUAGAGAAGCACAAGUGGAUAUAAUAAAUGUAGAAAAGCCUUCCAUCAGCACUUACCCCUUAUUAAUCAUCAGAGAGUUUAUGUUAGCAAGCAACCAUAUGAAUGGAAGUAAUGGGAAGAGCCCAUUAGCUUAGGCUAAUCAAAACUUACUCCUGUCUUGGAGAAAGACUUGACAAUGUAAUGUAAGUGAGAAUGCCUUCCUUCAGAGCUCUCCUUAAUCCUGAGUCAUAAUAUUCAUAUUGAAGAAAAA